GCAGACCAUGUGCGGAUGUUGUGACCUAAGUGGUCCCACUCCAUACACCGGCCGUAGUCAGCCAUCGUCAUUCCCCGUGCGGGCGCAGUUGUAGCAACCAUGCGUCUCCUGUUGCUCUGGAUGCUCGUCGGAGUCGUCGUCGUCGUCGUCGUCGUUGUGUCAGCGCUGCCGGAAAAAAAUCAACAGCAGCAACUCCGGCUUUUCUGGCGGAAACUGCUUCACCGGCAACGGAGAGCCCGUAUCCGGUAUGAGUGCACCAACCAGACCAUUAGCCUGGACCAGCCUGCCGCCAUCGUGGAGGGCUACAACCGGACUCCCGACCACUACUUCGACAACUCCAACUGCAGAUGGAAGAUUACUGUGGGGAAAGGGGAGAACAUCCUCCUCGCUUCGCUGGACUUCCUGUUAGAGUACAGCCCUGACUGCCGUUUUGACUUUGUCGAAAUAUUUGACGGGGCACCUACAUCUUCGCACUCCAUUGGUAAAUUUUGUGGUCGUCGAGAUGUCCGUCUCAUCAGCAGUUCCAGAAAGUUAUACAUCUACUUCCGUUCGGAUGAAAGUGUUACGGCGCCCGGCUUUCGGUUUCAAAUACGCAAAGUUGAAGAGGCAUCCAGCCCCACGUGCAAUAGAACCAUGACAGCGAUUACGGGGACCAUUCGCUCCAUCAACUACCCAAAGCGUUACAAGGGCGACACCAUCUGCUUGUACAAAAUCAAGGCACCCGCAAAUAAACGGGUGAAGCUGGAGUUUGAUGACUUCAGUUUGGAGAAGAGGCCCUGUGAGUACGACUACCUCACUAUCUACGACGGACACAGCUCAGCAUCCAACGUGCUGGGCACCUACUGCGGGCGACGCGCGCCACGGUACAUCGUCUCCUCCACCAACAACCUGUUGCUCUACUUCCACACCGACGGCUACGUCAACGAGAAGGGGUUCAGCUUAAAUUAUUCAUUUGUUGCUGACACUGCCCAAGACGCUGAGGAGGUGUUUGGCGACACACCAGUCGAAUAUGACCCAGACUGCUCCGCCACGUUUACAGAGCUAAGACCACACUUGAGUAGUCCGAUGUUCAAUGAAGACCAUUAUCUCCAGAGGAAGAGGUGCCGAACCAUCAUCCGGGCACCCGAGGAUCAAAGGGUCAUCUUAAAUGUUCAGACGUUCGACCUUGAGGAGAGCCUUGACUGCAUAUAUGAUCACGUGAAUGUCACGUACCAAUCCAAGCAAGGUGGACUGAACACAGUCCGGAUGUGUGGGUACCAGAAUCGGAACUCGCGCUGCUUUGAGUCGUGGAGCAACGAGUUAAUCUUGGAUUUUUCCUCUGACCGGAUGUUCGGGGGGAACGGGUAUAACGCCACCUACCGGUUUGUUCCGGAUAACUACACCGGUGUCACCUGCAACAUGUUCUCCUGUGACGACGACUGUAACGGCUACUGCUACAGCAACGACCCCGGAGACUUUAAAUGCGCAUGUCCGAUAGGGAGAGUACCUAACAACUGUGCUUUAAACGUGAAAUGGGAGAAACCCCUGCACAAUAUAACAGUGUAUGAACGAUCGCAGGUUACCCUAGACUGUGCCAUCAACCACCCCUACACUAUCACAGUCUGGGACUUCAACGACACGCUGCUGCCAGAUGACACGAUGCAACAUGUCAGCGUCAGCGAGUCUACCAUCACCUUGAAGAACGCCCGAUUGAACGACACGGGCAGAUAUACAUGCGUUGUACAAGCUGGGGAAUGGCUGAGGUCACGGACAAUAUGGCUGACUGUCAAAGAGGAUGAAAACCUCUGUGGAUUUUCGUCUAGGAAGAUAAUAGACCCAAACAUUAACGCUGCUGAUAAGAAAAUUGCCGGGAAAAACUCCACAAAAGCACCACAUUUCAUCCCUUGGCAAGUCGUACUUUGGAACAUAUCUUCGGAGUCCGUCCAUUGCGGAGGCGUGUUGAUAUCAGACAGACAUGUCUUAACUGCAGCUCACUGCGUGAAGGGAACGGACACGGGUAAGCUCAACCUCACCACCAUCAGAGCACUGAUGGGAACCUUGUCUUGCAAAAGUGAGAACGGCGAGAAGAAAGAAAUUACACGGUUUGUCACACAUCCCAAAUAUAACCCGACAACCCUGGAGUACGACUUUGCUAUUCUGGAACUGAAACGACCGGUUCGAAUGCUCUCUGAGACUAUCUACCCGAUUUGUUUACCCACCAAAAAAACCUGGUGGGGCAUCACAAAUAGCCAGAAAGGCAUCGCAUCAGGUUGUGGCAAAGAUUCGGAUGGCGCUCUCCCAGACAGGCUGCGAAUGGUGGACAUUCCUCUGGUGCCCAGGCACAAGUGCACCGAGCAACAGGAGAGGGCCAAAAGAACCUUUUCAUCUGACAUGUUCUGUGCGGGCUAUGCCGGCGGUAACAUUGGCGACGCAUGUGAUGGGGACAGCGGCGGGCCCCUGGCUGCGAGAGUGGACAACCACUGGACGCUUCUUGGACUGGUAUCUUAUGGUCAGGGCUGUGCCGAGAAGGGAAACUACGGUUUCUAUGCCAAUGUGUCUCACGCCCUACAAUGGAUACAGACCUUUGCAGGCUCAUGUGGUAGAACGCGGUUUAUCGAGGAGAACUACAACACUGGAAGGAUUAUUAAUGGACACGAUGCCCUUGAAAAUCAGCUCCCGUGGAGCGUGGCAUUGGUUGAUACGGCAACAAAUCUACUCUGCAGCGCUACGAUCAUCAGCGAUUCGUGGCUUUUAACAGCUCGUCACUGCAUUGAAGACCUGACACCCCGUCUUCGAGACAAGUUGAAAUUCUUGCCUGGGAGCUUGAAGUUAACAGACAAAAGCAGGAUGGUCCGUGUGAUCAAAGAAAGCUACAUACAUGAAAGUGCAGAUCUUUCCCUGGUAAAGGUGGAUCCUAUGCCGUUUGGCGAUGCUGUCAAAGCUGCGUGUCUGCCUGCUGAGGAUGAUGUCACUGAACCAGGGUUGGAGGGCGUGGUCUCUGGGUGGGGGAAGACAUCACUUGAGAGUGAAGGUGGUCCGUCCAACAACCUGCUGUACCUGAUGGUGUCCAUGCUGAACGACACCCAGUGUCGGCGCGUGUGGCCGCAAGUGAAGGACAACCAGGUGUGCUUCCAGGCGAAGAACACCUCCUCCGAGACUGCUUCUGGGGACAGCGGCAGCGGACUCGUCGCCAAGCUCAGAGAGACCAACGUACUGAUGGCGACGUACUCGGGAGGACACCCCGGCUCGAAUAUCCCCGGCGUGUAUCUGAGCAUCAAAUCCUUCGUUCCUUGGAUAAAGGAACACAUGGGAUGGGAGUUGGUGUGAAUGUGAUGGCAGUAUGCACCCCGACGUGCACGUGCGACGUGAUAUAAUCAAGGAGGGACAGAGAUAUACAAUCAGCAUGGGUUGCUGAUGACCUAUUCUACCCCGGGUCCGUUUUAUAACAAAUAUAGAACAAUGUUUCCGGCAGACAGAGGAAAAUCUAGAGAGAUUAAAAUCGUUAGGACUUGUCUGAGAGUUUCUUUUACAACUGCAUGUUUUGAGUCGCUUUUUGCCUGCUGUUUUACAUAAUUAUUCCAAAGAACGCCGGUCUUACACGUUAAGAGUGCCUGUAAAAGUUGAAUACAUUUCUAAACACAUAUAUAUUAUCAUAGAGCUUUCUGUAAACUAUAAAAAUACAUGUAUUUGUUGAUUCACCGUCUUUGUGAAAUCACUCUCUUUAUCAUCUUCCCGAGGCAAGAGAGUUAACUGACUAUAAAAGUCGAUUUUCCACCCUUGCCGAAUGAGUCAUGAAUUUCUGAAUUAUAGUUUGGCUGGCUUAACGAGUCUAUGCAUAGUCUAGUUCGUAAACAACGCCGUUCAGAUUUCGGUCUAAUGAAGGAUUUGCAAUGCAUGUGUACCGCAAACUGGACGUCAACAGAUAUUUUCCUAAUAUUUUCAAGUUUAUAAUGAACGUGAGUUGAUGCACUUAGCUAGGUAAGAUCCGUUUCAUUAGAAAUAUAGAUCUUAGUUAUCGAUCAGAUCGUCUUGACUGGGCGCCGCCCUUUUUGUUUGAAGCAAAUGCAAGUGAUAUGAGGGGUGUAAUCUGAUUGGUCAACAGGAGGGACAUAGAAGGGACAUAACUCGCAAUAGCCACUGGUGGUGCCACGGUCAAGCCGCGAAAUUCCAACACCGUUCGGCAAGGGUGUAAAGCGGACGUUAACGCCCUUACCUCAGGAAGAUGUGUUCAUGUUGAUUCACGGCUUAUGUUGAUUGGCGGUCUAUGUUGAAUCACUGUCUAUGGUAUAUCCCUGUUACUAACGAUUCUUGAUACUAUUGGAUUUAUAUUACAUUGAUGCCCAGUAUAUAGCUGCUCGUUAUACCACAAAUAGUUUCAUGUUUUUGAAAUAAAUAUGAAAUGAUUUUACUAGCA